GGAUAACGGCCGGCGUAGGUGCAGCUCUGCCCGGAAGGGUUGCGGCGGGCCGGGCCGGGCUCGGUUGGGACAUGCUGCAGCUCAGGCCGGGACAGCCUUCGAAAAUUCCGGGGCGCAGAGAAACAUGGCACUCCCCACACUGCCCUCCUCCUGGUGCAGCCGGAGGCUCCCGGAUCAGCAGGCUGCACGACAGCAACGCCGGGAGCAGGAGGCCCAGCUUCGGCAGCAGUGGGAUCAGAACAGCCGCUACUUCAAGGUGUCUGACAUCUGCAGCUCCAAACAGGCAGAAUGGAGCUCCAAGGCCUCCUACCAGAGGAGCAUGUACGCCUACCAGCGGGAGAAGAUGAAGGAGGAGGGGAGGAAGCGUCUGGAGGCCCGACGGCAGAGACUCAGGCAGCUUCUGGCGGAGGAGCAGGACCUGCUGGCCAGAGAACUGGAGGAGCUGAGGCUGAGCAUGAACUUGAGGGAAAGAAGAAUCCGGGAGCAGCACAGGAAUCUGAAGUCAGCCCGAGAGGAGCAAAGGAAACUGAUUGCUGAACAGCUUUUGCAUGAACACUGGAAAAAGAACAACCCCAAACUUCGAGAGAUUGAAUUGGAACUUCACAAGAAACAUGUGAUAAACUCUUGGGAAACACAGAAAGAGGAAAAAAAACAGCAAGAAGCCGCCGAAGAGGAAAAGGAAAAACGGUAUGAAAAUGAAUAUGAAACGGCCCGACGGGAAGCGCUGGAACGGAUGAAAGCAGAAGAGGAGAGGAGGCAACUGGAGGGUAAACUGCAGGCAGACGCGCUGCGCCAGCAGAUGGAGGAGCUGAAGGUGAAGGAGAUGGAGGCCACCAAACUAAAGAAGGAGCAGGAGAAUCUGCUGAAGCAGCGCUGGGAGCUGGAGAGGCUGGAGGAAGAGCGGAAGCAGAUGGCAGCCUUGUGGCAGAAGGCGGAGCUGGGACGCUUUUUGAGACAUCAGUAUAACGUGCAGCUCAACAGACGUACACAGCAGAUCCAAGAGGAACUGGAGGCAGACAGGCGCAUCCUGCAGGCGCUGCUGAAGGAGGAGGAUGAGACCCAGCGUGUGCACCUGGCCCGGAGGGAGCAGGCCCAGGCCGAUGUGGCCUGGAUGAAGCGGGUCAUCGAGGAGCAGCUGCAACUGGAGAGGGCGCGGGAGGCGGAGCUGCAGAUGCUGUUGAGGGAGGAGGCUAAGGAAAUGUGGGAAAAGAGAGAGGCAGAGUGGGCCCGCGAGAGGAGUGCUCGAGACCGGCUGAUGAGCGAGGUUCUGACAGGAAGACAAAAACAAAUACAGGAAAAGAUUGAACAAAACCGACGGGAGCAAGAGGAAUCCCUGAGACACAGAGAGCAACUUAUUCGAGAUCUUGAGGAGGCCAGAGAGUCAGCUCAUCGUGAGAAAAAGGAGAGCGAAGAACUGAAAUCGGCCAGGAAGCAGGAGCUGGAAGCCCAGGUUGCAGAGCGCCAGCUGCAGGCGUGGGAAGCGGACCAGCAGGAGGAGGAGGAGGAAGAAGAGGCGAGGCAGGCAGAGCAGCUCACAGACGCCCUGCUGCAGCAGGAGGCGAAGAUGAUGGCCGAGCAGGGCUACCGGCCCAAGCCUUAUGGACAUCCCAGAAUCGCUUGGAACUGACUCUGUUGAUACUGUAAGCACAGAGAGCAAGGUUGGUGAGGCCUCUGACAUGCAGCCGCCAGACCGUUUUACGUGUUCUGUUCCAGCGUUUGGGUCACUGUAAAAUAGUUCAGCGAGCCUGUUCAGUUCCACAAUUAAACAGAGAGAGGGUCUGGCCAGACUUGAAGCUGUGACGGAUUUGCAGCAUGCAGCAGGAGGCCCUUUCCUGCCUUUCUUAUCCUAGAAAGGGGCUUCAUAGUUAACACAUUGACAGUGCUGUCACAGUCUUGUAAUAUGUUGAUAAAUAAUGUAGAUUGUAAGUCAAUGCUCGGAGUUACACGUUGUGUUCCACGACAGGAUACAUGGUUUCCUGUUGUCUCACCCCUAAUUGUCAACCUCCAGUGAGGACCCCAGCUAGAGAUAGAGAAAUUUUUCAGUUUUUAAAAUUGCCAUUUAAAUUUAACUCUUCUAUUGAAAACAAAUUUGUGGGUCUUGGUACAGUUUAUUAAUUUCAGGAUUUAUUAAUUUAGUUGUCCCAAAAGGAUCACAUCUUGUUUUAUGGAAGAAAAGAACUAUGAACCCUGAGAUAGUCUGAUGUCAUCCAUGGAUGCUUUCUAAAAAGGUGGUGAUAAAUGAGUCUUUCCUCCUUAAAGAAGCAUUUUGGUAGAAUUUCCAUAGAGCAUUGCGUGGGGGCAGGGGGCGAUGAUCCCAAUGUGUAUGUAACUGAGCCUCAAAAAGGGACCUCAGAGGGGCUUCCCUGGUGGCGCAGUGGUUGAGAGUCCGCCUGCCGAUGCAGGGGACAGGGGUUCAUGCCCUGGUCCGGGAAGAUCCCACAUGCCGCGGAGCGGCUAGGCCCGUGAGCCAUGGCCGCAGAGCCUGUGCGUCCGGAGCCUGUGCUCCGCAACGGGAGAGGCCACAACAGUGAGAGGCCCGCGUACCGCAAAAAAAAGAGAAAAAGAAAAAAGGGACCUCAGAAGGUCACCUGGUUGGCUAACCUUUUGGCAUGACACCUUGGACCUCUAAUGUCUUGGGAAGGGCUCAGCUAUAUGCAGGCUUCUGGGAUUUAUGUGCCCAGAGGAAGGGGCACUGAACCUGAAAGAACGAAAUCAGACUCAACCACAGAUCGGCCAAAAAUCUGUCUUCCCACUGUUCUAUCAAUGUGACAUAGUCCUAGAUUUAUCUCUAUAAAUAGCUGUAAAUUCCUUGCAGCAAUAAUCGUAUUUUUAUGACUUGUAUUUUUUUCAUGUUCCUCCUCUGAGGUUUCAGUUUUCAUUACAUUGUGUUCAAGAUUCCAUAUCUCAGUAAAUUACAGCUAAUUACAGGGCUGGGUUCCAGGUUAUUAAAACAGAGUUUAUUAAAACAUCCCGAGUCUAAGGGCUGCAUUGCCUUUCACUUCCAUUGUGCUGUAAAAACAAAUUGAGCUGCGAACUGCAUCCUUAAUCUGUUUUUCACUUUCUUGUCUUACAUUUCUUUGGAUAUGAUCCCCUGAGCACACUUUCAUUAUGUGUGCUCAUAUUUACUUCCCUUCUUUCAGGUGUUCAUUAGUUGUGAAAUAAAGUUCUGGUUUGACAGCAUUGCUUCCAAGCUUUG